AUGGUCGAGGCUAGAAUAUUUACAAUAUUCACCGACCAUAAGCCUCUUAUCUUCGCCUUCUCAAAGAGCAAAGACAUUGCUCAGUUUACGACAGACCUGAAAUACUUACCUGGUAAGGAAAACUUAGUUGCUGACGCACUUUCUAGAGUCGAGGAGAUCACUGCAGCUGUGAACUACGACGAUCUUGCACGAGCUCAGGACAAAAAUCCAAAACUACAAAAUCUACUUCUUCAUGGCUCUACCCUGCAAUUGAAAAGGAUCAACACUAUGAAUGGUAACUUACCUGUCUACUGCGACACUUCUGUGCAACCGCCACGUCAUUAUGUUACUCACCAGUUUAGGAAACAAGUUUUUGAUACAGUACACAGCUUACACCAUCCUGAAAGUUCAGCUACUGUGCGAUUGGUCUUACAAAGAUACGUAUGGCCAGGGAUACGUAAAGAUUGUUGCAAGAUCACCCGUCAUACCAUAUCCCCGCUUUCAUUUUUCCUCACUCCCUCGUCGAGGUUUUCCCAUAUCCACCUCGACAUCGUAGGGCCCUUAAUUCUGUCUUCUGGUUACAGAUAUUGCCUUACCGUCAUCAACCGUUUCACGCGAUGGCCUGAGGCAUACCCCAUGGUGGACGUCACGGCAACCUGCGCAGCUACUCUGGUGUCCGGCUGGAUAGCCCGAUUCGGCUACGCUGCACUGGUGAUUACAGACCGUGGUCGCCAAUUCGGGAGCCAUCUCUUCAAAGCUCUCACAAAGUUGGUUGAUGUGCGUCACUUACGCACAACCCCCUAUCACCCAGCUGCGAAUGGUAUCAUCGAACGACUUCAUCGCCAACUCAAGGCGGCGAUCCUGUGCCACACAUCAUCACAGUGGACGGAAGCCCUUCCACUGGUUCUCUUGGACAUGCGCAACUCAUGGAAAGAGGAUCUCCAACCUACGCCUGCUGAAUUGGUAUAUGGUCAAACUCUCAGCUUACCAGGCCAAUACCUAUCUGCAUUAGACGACUACACCACGGCAGACUUCACAGAGUACGUAACACGUCUACAAUCCUGCAUGGCUAAAAUCACUCCCAAGCAGAUAUCAUGGCACACCAGCACGACAACGCCAUUCUACAUACCAUGGGACCUCCACACAUCCUCUCAUGUUUUUCUUCAAAGUACUAGACAGACAAGCCAAGUACUACACUAUAGACAUAAGGGGAAAGGAAAAUAA